GUAGUUAUUUUAUCUCGUUAACAUGGAUGACGUCAGCUUUUACCUGCUUGUUAAUAUAUAUUUGUGCCUUUUGUAUUUGCACAAACAAAUAAAAAAACUUCUAUUAUUAUCUGAUAUAUCAUAAAAUAGAAUGAAUUUAGUUAUAUGUCUGAAAAGGAUCCGAUUGUGUUAAAAUUUUGAUUUUCACCCGCAUCGGAAGCGUAACAGUGUUUGGCAGAUAUACCAUAUGUAAAUAAUUAAUUUAGUGGUUUUGAAAAUUUUUAUACGGAACCGGCAAAAUUUAAAUAAGAUGUAAAUAUUGUUAUCAAAUACAAAAAGUAAGAACAUCUAACAUCAUUUUGUGUGGGACAUUCGUCAAAGUGAGGUUAAAAUGUCUUUAAGGGCAAUAAGAUAUGAUAAUUAUACUUUGGAAGUAUUGGAUCAACUUUUAUUGCCUGCACAAACUAAAUAUAUACAAGUAAAAGGUGUAGAAGAUGGUUGGAAAGUUAUAAAUAAAAUGCAGGUAAGGGGAGCCCCUGCUAUUGCAAUAGUGGGUUGUUUGAGUUUAGCCGUUGAAUUACAUAAUGAAAAAUAUGAUUCGAAAAAACAGAUGAGGCAAGAAAUCGAGGGUAAACUCAACUAUUUAGUAUCAUCAAGACCUACUGCUGUUAAUAUGAAAAUAGCGGCUGAAGAAUUAAUUGAUUUAGCUAACCAACUUUGUAAUGAUGAACAAGUAAACGUUGAUGAUAUGAAAGCAAGAUUCUCAAAAACUAUCGAAGAUAUGUUAAUGAAAGAUAUAGCGGAUAAUAAUGCUAUAGGUGAUUAUGGUGCCAAAGAUAUUUUAUCUAAAGUUAGCGGAGAUAGUCUUGUACGUAUAUUAACUCAUUGUAAUACUGGAUCAUUAGCUACGGCUGGAUAUGGAACCGCAUUAGGUGUCAUAAGGACAUUAUUCGCUAAAAAGAGACUAGAACAUGUUUAUUGUACUGAAACGAGACCUUACAAUCAAGGAGCAAGACUUACCGCAUACGAAUUGGUACACGAUAAAAUACCAGCGACUCUUAUAGUCGAUAGUAUGGUGGCAGCUGUGAUGAAACAUAGAAAUAUUAGUGCGGUAGUCGUCGGAGCCGAUCGGGUGGCAGCGAACGGCGAUACCGCCAAUAAAAUAGGAACGUAUCAAAUUGCCGUUCUUGCCAAGUACCACGGCGUACCAUUUUACGUAGCCGCCCCUUUUACAUCGAUUGAUUUUUCUAUACCUAGUGGUGAUCAUAUAGUUAUAGAAGAACGGCCCGAUAGAGAAAUGACGCACGUUGGAGAACAUAGAAUAGCAGCAAAAGGAAUCACUUGCUGGAAUCCCGCUUUUGAUGUAACACCGGCUUCCCUGAUAGCGGGCUUCAUAACGGAAAAAGGCGUUUUCAAAGCGAACCAAUUGAUAGAACAACGUGUCCAAAAUGCUCAUUGAACAUUUUUUUUAUAUAAUCUAAAAAACAUUCACUCGAUAGGUAUAUUUUUCAGCCAUUUUUUUUAGAAAUAGUUUCAGCAUUCCGUUGAUGAAAUUACCGCGACAGGGUUUAUACAUAUAUUUUUUGUGUAAACGAUAUUUCGAUUUAAUAAAAUUUUCUGUACAA